AUGGGGUCAAAAAUAAUUGCAUUGAUUGUAUGUUUACCAUUAUUACUAUUAUUUAUUGCAUUGGGAUUUGCAAUUUUCUAUUGUCUACGUUCAAGAAAACGUGUUAGACAACGUACUACAUCAACUCCAGUGCGAAAUCAUUUACCUAGAUCACAGCCAACUCCAACCUCAAAUUUUACUAAUAUUCCUGCACAAGCCCCAUACCCGACGGGUUCAUCACAAGUUCCAUAUCCAAUGAGUUCAUCACAAGAUGGAAUGCCAACAGGAGCAGCAGUGAUAUCGUCGGCGCCUAACUUUGAUCAACCGCCACCAUACCCUGCGUUAUCUGAACUACCACCUCCCCCACCACCAUAUUAUUCUAAAAUAGACAAUUCCUAAAUAAAGAAAAAAGUAUGUAGUUUACUGAUAAUAUAUGUUAGGCUUACUGUAUUCGAGUUGAUAGCAUAUUGUCUGUUUAGUAUUUAAACAAAAAUUUCACAUUAUGUAUAUAUGGCGUAUUAUGCAAUGAACUAAGAAUUAUUAUUGAUUCGUCAUGAUCUCACUAAUGUGUAGCGUAACAAGUGAUUUUUUUCUCAUUAGCAUUUUUUAGUUAGUCUUUUUUCUACGGGAUAGGGUUGCUAACUCCAUGUCCAACACUUUUCCUUUAUUCGGGCUGGAGAGUGGCAGGAACCUCAAUAAGGCUCCAAGCGCGAAUCACCAGACUGCAUCACGAAGCAAGUCCUUAGAGUGGAAUCCUUAGGGUAAUAGGAAAAAAAGGAAAACCAAGGACAUAUUUCUCAGAUAAUUGGAAGCAGACAUCAAAAGGAUGAGUAACACUUGAUAAAAACUAGGAAGGAGAUUCCAGAACAGUGCAGGUUUGAGAUUCCUGGUCGAUGGCCUAUGCUCCACCAGGGGUAAAAGGCUUAUGUAAGUAAGUAAUGAUCAAGAUUGAGAUCACUUAUUUCUUGAACAUAUGGAAAACAAUCUGUGAUGCUCAAAUCACGUAAGUGUUCAUGAUUCAUACAACUAAUACAUCAGCCUUGAUUGAGAUCAUGAACAGAUCAGUGUUAGAUCACUAUGCGAAACCUGAAAACACUGGACGACUGUUUCAACUUAGCAUAGGACUCCUCAGCAUUACGCUUCCACAAUCCCGCACAUGGGACUCGAAUAUAGGACCUUCGGUACCACGCACAAAUGCUCAACCUGUAGACCGCUGAGCCGGCAUUCAACAUUGCUAAUGUCUAACUUCAACCAAUUCACUGUAUUGCGCCACCAUUCUCCAUUGUUUUCAGUGUGUAACUAUCUCACAGCAGACACAGUUGAAAUCCGUUGGUCAUGGCUUUUCACUAGGACGCCAGGAAUUUUCUCUUGAGGCUAGUAACACAUAAGUGUUAAUUUGCAGUAAAAUAUCAAAUGAUCUAGCUUAAAUAACCAUAUUUACACUGAGGUUGGCACAAAAAAGUGGAUGACACCAAACGGCUGACAACAUAAUAUUUUGUAUUCACUAAAAACUGAAUUCCUUCCGUACAAUUUAACAUUUAUAAAUGUUAAUAAUAAAAGCAAGGGUGGAUAGUGGCUAGCAGUGAAAUCCACCACGCGCUUUUCUUCCUAUUUAGGACACGUCAGCUAGAUGUACUUACAUCUCAGAGUUGAUGUUCAUUAUGGGACUUCAAUCCAGUACCGUUCACUUCAAACAUUAUUGCGUUAUCCACUUAUCCACUGAGUCCUGAUAGCCACGUGCUUGUGUCCAUCUUUGCUUGUGAAUUUAGGCUAUAUCGAGUCAGUAUACACAUAUGCCAAUAAGAGACUGAUCAAUUGCAGUCCUAAACAUUAAUGGAAAGAUUUCAAUAAACAAUACCAAGUGAAUGUUAUGAAUAGUUUAAUUAAAUUUAUAUUAAAUUUCAGGCUAUACAAUAUGAAACUAUGAAA